AUGAGCACGCUCAAGUGUUUCCCGCACGGUCUGGCCAUGCCGGCACCGGCGCAUCCAAGCAGCUGGUAUGGGAGCCGGGUUGCGAGAAGAUCCGGUGGGAGAUGGGCCAGCAAAGCCACCGUGACGACUAGUUUCGAGCGCACCAUGGCGGGGAUGGCGCCGGCCCCUGAGCAGGUGGAGACGAUGCGGUGUCUGGGCUUGGGAGGAUGGGUGGAGGAGCAGCUUCUGCCGCUCCUCGCCCCGGUGGAGGACGCGUGGCAGCCCAGCGACCUGCUCCCCUGCUUCUCCCUCUCUGCAGCAGCUGCAGCAGGCUCUACCGACCAGCAGCAGCCGGCGAUGACGAUGACGACGGAGGAGCUGCAGGCCCGAGCCGCCGACGUGCCGGACGACAUGAUGGUGUGCCUGGUGGGCAACAUGGUGACGGAGGAGGCGCUGCCGACGUACAUGUGCAUGGGCAACCGCGUGGCGGGGUCCUGCGACGAGACCGGCUGCAGCGACCUCCCCUGGGCCCGCUGGCUCCGCGGCUGGACGGCUGAGGAGAACCGCCACGGCGACCUCCUCAACCGCUACCUCUACCUCUCCGGCCGCGUCGACAUGCGCCAGGUGGAGCGGACCGUCCACUACCUCCUCCGCAACGGCAUGCAGAUGCUCAGGCCGUCCAGCCCCUACCACAACGCCGUCUACGGCGCCUUCCAGGAGCGCGCCACCUUCAUCUCCCACUCCCGCACCGCCAGGCAUGCCGCGCGCCACGGCGACCGCUGCCUCGCCAAGAUCUGCGGUGUCGUCGCCGCCGACGAGAAGCGCCACGAGACGGCCUACGCCAAGGUGUCCGCCAAGCUCUUCGAGGUCGACCCGGACGGGAUGGUGCGCGCGCUGGCCGCCGUCCUGCGCGACAAGAUCACCAUGCCCGGCCAGCUCAUGACCGACGGACGCGACGCCGACCUCUUUGCACACUUCUCGGCGGUGGCGCAGCGCGCCGAUGUGUACACGGCGAGGGACUACGGCGACAUGGUGGAGCACUUCGUGCGGAGGUGGAAGGUGGCCGACCUCGCCGGGGGACAGCUGUCCGGCGAGGGACGCCGCGCGCAGGACUACGUGUGCGGGAUGCCGCGGAAGAUCCGCCGGAUGGAGGAGCUGGCCCACGACCGUGCGAUCAAAGCCGCCAAAGAGCCCGAGUUCGCUAGGUUCAGCUGGGUCUUCGACAGGUCCGUUUGCAUAAGAGCCUGA